UAUGUCCCCAAUGGCUGGACUCCUCAGGGAGGCUGUGGGUUCUGCAAUCGGAACCGGAGGACACUCCCGGGGGGGCAGCCUCCCCCCCGGGUGCUUCUGGCUGUGUUUGUGGAACAACCUACCCCGUUUCUGCCCCGCUUCCUGCAGCGGCUGCUGCUCCUGGACUAUCCCCCUGACCGGGUCACUCUUUUCCUACACAACAACGAGGUGUUCCACGAGCCCCACAUCACAGACUCCUGGCCACAGCUCCAGGACCACUUCUCAACUGUGAAGCUGGUGGGGCCAGAGGAGGCCCUGACCCCAGGAGAGGCCAGGGACAUGGCCAUUGGUGUUGGUGCCUCCAGGAGUGUGUGGAACGUGCCCUACAUAUCCCAGGCGUACCUGAUCCGAGGGGAGACCCUGCGGGAGGAGCUGCCCCAGAGGGAGGUGUUCUCAGGGAGCGACACUGACCCGGACAUGGCCUUCUGUAAGAGCCUGCGGGACAAAGGCAUCUUCCUCCACCUCAGCAAUCGGCAGGAAUUCGGUCGGCUCCUGGCCACCUCCCGGUACGACACAGACCACCUACACCCUGACCUCUGGCAGAUCUUCGACAACCCCCUUGACUGGAAGGAACAGUACAUCCAUGAGAACUACAGCCAGGCCCUGGAAGGACAGGAGAUUGUGGAGCAGCCAUGCCCAGACGUGUACUGGUUCCCGCUGCUGUCAGACCAGAUGUGCGACGAGCUGGUGGAGGAAAUGGAGCACUACGGCCAGUGGUCAGGAGGCCGGCACGAGGAUUCCAGGCUGGCUGGAGGCUACGAGAACGUGCCCACCGUGGACAUCCACAUGAAGCAAGUGGGCUACGAGGACCAGUGGCUGCAGCUGCUGCGGACGUACGUGGGGCCCAUGACCGAGAGCCUGUUCCCGGGCUACCACACCAAGACUCGGGCAGUGAUGAACUUUGUGGUCCGCUAUCGUCCAGACGAGCAGCCCGCUCUGCGGCCACACCACGACUCAUCCACCUUCACGCUCAAUGUUGCCCUCAACAGCAAGGGCCUGGACUACGAGGGAGGUGGCUGCCGCUUCCUGCGCUAUGACUGCGUGGUCUCCUCCCCGAGGAAGGGCUGGGGCCUCCUGCACCCUGGCCGCCUCACCCACUACCACGAGGGGCUGCCCACGACACGGGGCACUCGCUAUAUCAUGGUGUCCUUUGUCGACCCCUGACACUCAACCACUGCCAAACCUUCCCUGCCAUUGUGCCUUCGUAUGGGGUAUGUGACCCCAAUCUGGGAGAGGGGGUGUGUCCAUCUCCUCACUUCCUGAGUGUAUGUUCUCUUUGCCUGGAACUGAAUGUGUCACCAUAGCUCCCAGCACACAGCCCUCUCAGGAAGCUCCCUCCCCCCCCCUCCCCUCAGCCCCCAAGAGUUCAUAGGGACAGGGCUUCUGGGGGUUCCCCGUGUGAUAAAUUAUUAAGGUUCCUCAGUCUCCCUCCCAAUAAAGGAGGAUUUUUAAAUCUGGA